AUGCAAUUUUGUCCUGACACAAGUCCCCCCGUUUUGGCAGGGAAACGAAUAACACGGUUCUGUCCAGUCUAAAAAAAGAAAGAUGAUACAAAUUUGACGUUCCAUGGUUAUAGCGAUGAUGGUGACGUCGAGGAUGGUGAUUAUGAUCAUGAUGAUAGUGGCAGUGAUGGUAAUGAUAGUUGUGAUGAUGAUCAUGGUCACAAUGCACGGCGGCUCAAUAUCACGGUGUUGAUGGUGGUAAUGAUAGUAAUGAUGGUAAUGAUGGUUGUGAUGGUAAUGAUGGUGGUAAUGAUGGUGAUGGUAAUGACGGCUGUGAUGAUGCUGGUGAUGAUAGUGUUGAUGAUGGUAAUGAUGGUUGUGAUGAUGGUGAUGGUAAUGAUGGUGGUAAUGAUAGUAAUGAUGGUAAUGAUGGUGGUGAUGGUAAUGAUGGUGGUAGUGAUGGUAAUGGUAAUGACGGCUGUGAUGAUGCUGGUGAUGAUAGUGUUGAUGAUGGUAAUGAUGGUUGUGAUGAUGGUGAUGAUAAUGAUGGUGGUGAUGGUAAUGAUGAUAUUAGAUAGCUUAAGAUCUACAACGUCGACGCCAGCUAGGACGUCAGGGGUAAGCAGAGGACUGGGACUAGAACGUCGUCCUAAAUAAAUAAACUUCCACUUAAGUUUCACGACGUAGACAUUUAAAGUAUAAAUAUUUACAUACUUUUGAAAAUGAAUUUAAAAGAGCCGUGUGAACCCAUUACCGUUUGUUAUGCUCUUGUAUUUACGACGGUAAAACUCUUGUUAUGAGGUUGUCGACGUUUGGUGAACGACGAGCAAAUUGGGAGAGACACAUGCAUACUUCAAAAACUAUUACCAAUUCACUUCUGCUUGCCGCCUUAAAUAUUUGACGUCGUAGAUACUUGAGCUAUCGACUUAUUUAGGACGACGUCCUAGUCCCAGUCCUUUGCUUAGCCCUGACGUUCUAGCUGGCGUCGACGUCGUAGAUCUUAAGCUAUCUAUUGAUGGUCAUGAUGGUUGUGAUGAUGGUAAUGAUGGUGGUGAUGAUGUUGAUAGCAAAGAUGGUGGUGGUUGUGAUGGUGAUGGUGGUAAUGAUGGUAAUGAUGGUGGUGAUGAUGGUAGUGAUGGUGGUGAUGAUGGUAAUGAUGGUGGUAAUGAUGGUAAUGAUGGUGGUGAUGAUGUUGAUAGCAAAGAUGGUGGUGGUUGUGAUGGUGAUGGUGGUAAUGAUGGUAAUGAUGGUGGUGAUGAUGGUAAUGAUGGUGGUAAUGAUGGUAAUGAUGGUGGUGAUGAUGGUAAUGAUGGUGGUGAUGAUGGUAAUGAUGGUGGUGGUGAUGGUAAUGAUGGUGGUGAUGAUGGUAAUGAUGGUGGUGAUGAUGGUAAUGAUGGUGGUGAUGAUGGUAAUGAUGGUGGUGAUGAUGGUAAUGAUGGUGGUGAUGAAUGGUAA